GAGUACAUUGUUGGAUCAAUCGUCGACGGUGCUUAGUACCGAUCGACACCAAGACCUGAGCACGCAGCGGGUAGAUACGGCGUCGUCGCACGCACCCACUCGAGAGGAUCCAAUCCAUUGCGUGGACCGGACCGGAGCCGAGUGGCCGAGCUUUAACCCUCGUUUCCUCUCCCUCCGGUUAAAGCGUCGCGAGGAUGGCCGAUGUUAAACAGGAUCACAAGGGCGAGGACGUUGACAGUUAUGGGAUGGGCAACAACGCCGACCCGAAGAACAUGCAGGAGCUAACGCAAUACGUGCAAACGCUGUUGCAGAACAUGCAGGACAAGUUUCAAACCAUGUCUGACCAGAUCAUAGGAAGAAUAGAUGAAAUGGGAAACAGAAUAGAUGACUUGGAAAAGAAUAUCGCAGACCUAAUGACACAAGCAGGAGUCGAAGGAGGUGAUAAAUGAGCUCAUUCUUUCCUCAAUGCACUCAACUAUAAGUAACGACUUAUCCAAAGUAUAGCCAUACUUUAUUGUCAUGGAAAAAAAUUGUAUACCGAUAGUGAGACACCCAUCCUUUUGUUACAAUACAGAAAAUAA